AUGGCGGCAAAGACAAUCAUCGUGACUGGCGCUGGCCGAGGCAUCGGUCUAGCAAUUUCACAGUACCUCUUGCAGAACUCGCACAAGGUGGUGUUGGUGGCACGAACUGAGACAGAGCUUGAGGCUCUCAAGAAGCAGUACCCAUCCCAAGUCGAAUACUUGGCCGCCGAUUUGACGCAGUUUGAGAAUGCUACGAAAGUCACAGACCUUGCUGUGAAGCUGGGUGGGAAGGUCGACGGAAUCGUCAUCAAUCACGGAGCACUUGAGCCCAUCAAGCCCAUUGCCGACUCUGCAGUCGAUGAGUGGAAGACCAUCUAUGACAUCAACUUCUUCAGCCCUCUUGCGCUUGUCCAGGCUGUCAUCCCCCAGCUGAGGCAGACCAAGGGCCGCAUCAUCUUCACCUCGUCAGGUGCCGCAACCAAGGGCUACAAGGCUUGGGGCCCAUACGGCUCUUCUAAAGCUGCCCUGCACUCUCUCGUCCAGCACUUGGCGGCUGAAGAAAAGGACAUUGUCUCCAUCUCCGUCAGCCCCGGAAGGACAGAUACGGGCAUGCAGAAGCUCUUGCGUGAGCAAGGCAGGGGAUUCAUGGACGACAAGGACCACGCCAGCUUCGUAUCUGCGUUCGAAGAGGGCAAGCUCAACCCACCCGAGGGUCCUGGAAAUGUGAUUGCCAAGCUUGCGCUGGAUGGCACGCUCGACUUGAGCGGCAGACUUUUACAAUGGAAUGGCCCGGAGCUGGCUUCGUAUCGUGACUGA